AUGUCAGGCUUCCAGCAGCAACAGCAGCAGCAGCCGGGAGCAACCACGAUGCCAUCGCAAGGAUACACUCUACCAGGAGUCCUACAUUUCUUGCAACUGGAAUGGAGGAGAUUCGAGCGUGAUAGAAAUGACUGGGAAAUCGAGAAAUCUGACCUUAAGUCUAAAAUAGCCUUUUUGGAAAGUGAACGACGAGGAAUGGAUAAUAUGAAGACUGAUUUGCUGAGAAGAAUCAAGAUGCUCGAGUAUGCUCUCAGACAAGAACGGAACAAGUAUUCUACAAUGCAUGCAAACAAUACAGCCCAAGGAGCAGAAACGCCGUCAGAACCUGCAAUGUCGCCAGAGCCUGGGGCAGCUCCAUUGACGACCGAUCAUCGUGAUAUACCACCUGAUACAGGAACACUAGAUCGAGGUGACCCAAUGGCUAGUCGGCAAAAUACAAUGGGACCAGGUCAAGGUGGUACAUUAUUGCAUUUCUCGAAGGGUGUAGGACAUAUGCGUACGAGAGAAAUACUGAAAAAUUAUCUACGAGAAGCUGGACAAUUAACAUCACCCAGUUUGGCGGCUGGUCUUCCGCUACGCUCACACGAAGACGACAUGUCUGCACCUCAGUCCUCCGCCGAUACAACUUCAAGACGAGAAAUGCCACCUCAAACCAACUCACCGCUUCCACCUCAACACCAACAACAAUCCAUGCCCGAUCGUAAUAAUAAUAAACCUGUAGAAAGCCGCCCGCCACCACCCAGACCAGCCACAAAUGGUGUUUCAGAACCUGUACCAACCACUGAUUUAGGAGAUUUAGACGGUACACCCCCAUCUCCGUCACCUAGCGAGACGUUUUCUGAUUCAUUGAGUAGACAGAAUACGGUUAAGAGAGUUGGUAGGACUGCUGACCUUGGUGCUGAUCAGGAAGUUCCAUCCGUGGAGGAGGUGCAAGAGAAACUGAAACUGCCAAAUGAUGGAAAGACGCAGAAGAUGAUGAACAAGUGGGCUGCAAAACCACCAGUGCAACGGUCUGCAGAUGAUCCAUUGGCGUCACUGAGUCUGUCUGAAGAAGAUACAGAAGAUUCAACGACCAAGAAAUCGGCGGGAUCCAAAGAUCUGACAUCCACAGAGGUGAUAUGGAGGCCAAAGGGAACACUUCGGAGUCAUAUGGAUGCUGUUCGAGCAGUAGCGAUGCAUCCUACAGUUCUCGCAGCGCUGUCUGGAUCAGAAGAUCAUACAGCCAAACUAUGGAAUCUACAAGAUUACAUGGGAACAAAAAAGCCUCCUCAAGAUUUAGAACCUAUAUUUACAUAUCGAGGGCAUACUGGACCUAUAACGUCAGUUGCGUUUGGUCCAGGCUCAACACCAGAGAGAUGCUUCACUGCCAGUAUGGACUCCACAAUACGUGAAUGGAUUAUCCCCAACCUGAUUCGAGAUGUUUACGCACCAUAUGAUUCAAAACUCAAAGUAAAUACCUAUGUUGGCCACUCGGACGCUGUAUGGGAUGUCAGAUCUCAACCGUCUUUAUCGCAAUCAUCAAUACUCGCAUCAUGUUCCGCCGAUGGAACCAUAAAACUUUGGAAUACGUCGGACUCAAGUCGUGGAUUAAGAACGACACUGUGGUAUGGUGGAGCCAAAGUCAACGGAACUGCAGGAAGCUCGGAUCAUCAUUCGCCAAUCACCACCCCAUCAUUGUCAGACUCGCCGAAUCCCACAUCAAUAGAUUGGAUACCGUCGAAUUUAACAAGGCUGAUAGCUGCAUACCAGAAUUCUACUGCCAAGGUGUUUGAUAUUACAACAGGGUCUGAAAUACUUUCGUUGAAGAGUGCUGAAUCAUAUGAUGGAACACCAGGUACCCAAAUCAACAAGAUAAUAUGUCAUUCGACCAUGUCGUUGGCAUUUACUGCUCACGAGGACAAGUGUAUAAGGAUAUUUGAUCUGAAUUCGGGCCUAUGUAUACAUUCAAUGAUUGCGCACUUGGACUCUGUGACUUCUCUGGACAUACAUCCUCUGGGUCUCUCAUUAGUGUCUGGUGGUCAUGAUUGCUCGAUGCGAUUCUGGGAUUUAUCAUCACGUAAUUGUAUGCAAGAGUAUUCUUCUCAUAGACGGAAGGGCAAUGAGGGUAUGUGGUCGGUGAAAUUCCACCCAACUUUGCAUGAUACACUGAUAAGUGGUGGUGCGGACUCUACUGUGAAAUUGUAUAGACAUGGGUCAGUGGCAUGA